AUUAGCUAUCCUCACCUUCGUACCCGGCGGGUUGUCGUAGAAGAUUAGGUCUAAUAGAUUUGUUUUGUUUUGUUUUCUUCCUCAUUAAGAUCUCGUCACUGUCUAUCAGCGCGAUAUAAGGAUCAAACUGUUUGUUAGAUUCAAGGCCAAAGAAAAAAAAAAAAAAUCCUGAGCCAAAGAAAAAUACUCGAGUUUGGAUUUUACAGUUGAAAAAUGCCUACCAAGUGUGAGAUCUUCUGCGAAAUCCUUAUCGCCGUUUUGCUUCCUCCUUUGGGCGUCUGCCUCAGGCAUGGGUGUUGCAGUGUUGAGUUUUGGCUUUGUGUGCUACUGACGAUCCUCGGUUAUGUCCCUGGAAUCAUCUAUGCUUUGUACGCCAUCGUUUUUGUCAAUCGUGAAGAAUACUUUGAUGAGUAUAGGCGUCCUCUUUAUGCCUCGUACUAGUGAGCCAGUUCCUUGUUAUUUGUAGUUUCUACGCUGUAGUGUCAUGAAUUGGUGUAUCGUGUUUGAACUCUUUGCAAUAAGAUGAAUUUGAUGCUUAAUUUCCUUAAUUUGAUGUUGACUGAUGCUUUAGCUGCAAGCUUGAUCACAAACAAAAGGAAUGGCAUGUGGGAUUAUGUUAAGAUGGGCUUGAUUAUGUCUAUGACUGAUUCUGGUUCACCACUUUGUAUCUGUAAGAGAUAUCACUUAUUUGAGGAAUGUGAUUUUGAUUUUUUAUA